CAAGAGGAUCGCAAGUUCCCAGACCAGCAAGUUCCCAGACCAGCAAGUUCCCAGACCAGCCUUAACCACAGUCUCUAAAAGGGAGUGUGGAAGAGGCGCCGCCCUUGUGUGGCUCGAACCUCAAGACGGAAACACACCCCCCCCCAAAAAAAAAUGAGUUCUUCAAUCUGUUCUUCCCUCGGGUAAAUACUCAUCUCACAGGAGGAAGUUUUAUCUUCAGAACUGUUUUUGAAGAUCGCUUAGGAUUCGGGAUCCUGCCGAGAGAUGGCGGUCGAGACUACAUGACUAGCAGGGAUUCUGAGUGCCAAGGGUUUGCUGGUGGGUAAGAGCAAGGGUGACUACAUUUUCGUGAGAUUGCAAACAUCCCGUGGAGGCUGACGAAACUACAGAAGAAUGGAAGAAGACAGCUUGGAAGCCUUGUCAGCGCCUCCAGAAGCCUGGCCUGAGGCAAUGGCACUGGUAACAGGUGAGCCACCCAGUGUGGCCGAAGAAGCAGCCACAGCUGAGGAGCCUGAGGCCAAAGUGGCGCUAUCCCUGCUGGAGGUGCUGACGGUCUCUGUGGUGCUGGAGGACAUGGGUGACCAGCUGUCGAUUCUGGGCUACAUCAUGCCGUGGCCACUGGAGCGGAGGCAGAGCGCAGCGCCGGUGGGUGUGAGAAGCAAUAGCCCGGACAAGCCAUCAGUGACCUUUGCUACAAGUAAAACAUCAUCUUCAUUAUUACAUAAAGUACCACUAUCACCGGAAGCCAAAGCAGGAGGCCAAUUGGCUACAGAGUUUAACAAAACCCAAGAGCUUGCCUUUAAGACACCUACAGGGCAGGCCAUCCUGACCAUGGAAAUGCUGAAGAAAACCCAGAGUGACAGGCAGUUUCUCAGCAACAUCAUUGUGAGCACCAUGCAGGAGUUGCAAGAGUCAGGAACUUUCAUGGCCCUCUUGCAAGCCCUUCGCAAAGAAAAGGAAAGCAAGAUGCACUUCUACGAUGCCAUUGUCAGGGAAGAAAAGGGACGAAAAAUGAUAAAGUCUCUUCAAAAACAACUGAUUAAUGUUAAGAAAGAACGGCAAGCGGAAGUGCAGAGCCGAAACAAAUACAUUGCCCAUCUCAAGGACCAGCUGCAAGAGAUGAAGGCCAAAACCAACCUGGAGAAUCGCCACAUGAAAAGGAACACUGAGCUGCAGAUUGCCCAGACCCAGAAAAAAUGCAACCGGACCGAGGAGGUCUUGCUAGAGGAGAUCGAGAAACUGAGGAUGAAGACGGAGGAAGAGAACCGGGUCCACGUGGAGAUCGAAAUGUUUCUGAAGAAAGAACAGCAGAGACUUGAGGAGAAGCUGGAGUUCUGGAUGGAGAAAUUCGAUAAGGACACAGAGAUGAAGCAGAACGAACUGAACGCGCUCAAGGCUGCCAAGGCCAGUGACUUAGCUCACCUUCAGGAGCUGGCCAAGACAAUACGGGAGUAUGAGCAGGUCAUCAUUGAAGAUCGGAUAGAAAAGGAGAAGGCUAGGAAGAAGAUGGAACAGGAUAUGUUAGAACUCAAGAGCGCCAUAAAGCUGCAGGCCUGGUGGCGGGGCACCGUGAUACGCAAGGAAAUUGGAGGCUUCAAAAUGCCUAAGAAGGAGAAAGACGACAGUAAGGAUUCAAAAGGGAAAGACAAGGACAAACAGAAACGAAGAGGUAAAAAGUAACCAAGGCACCUCUCGUCCUUGCUUCUGGAAUCUUGGAGACUGGGAGCAUCACAGAGAACUCACCUCCAAGGUUAUUUACUUGGACAUUACUGGCAGAACCUGAUGAUUUCACUUGAAUUAGGAUACCAAUACUUUUUUCUUCAUACACUGGAUUCUGCUUUGAAUAAGUAUUUUAGCAGCCUAUUCCUCUUGCUCUUUCUAAGUAGAAAAAACUCUUGGGCUUAGGUAUAAUGACACAUUAAAACUAAUUACUCCUAUCUUAUUCUAAUUUGUCUAAAAAGAGAAUGUUAUAUACAAAAGUGAACUAUUCUGUAGGAAUUAUAAGGUACAAUAUUAAACACAAUAAAUUUUAACAAAUGCUAGUUCCUGCAUUUUAGUGUUUUUGUUGGGGGAAGGUGACAGAAUAUUCAUAAACUGUUCCACAAACAUGCUGGCAUUAUAAAUUAUAGACAAGCUAGUAAUAGAAUGUGACGAUGCAUGGCUCACUUGUGGUAAAGAUGGCACAUUAGUUCUCUGGAAGGCUAGCUUGGAGAUUUUUUCUUUUUUGAGA